AUGAAUAACUCCCAGCAACAUUCUAUUCGCUUUGCCAAGAAGCAAGUCUCGAGGAAGAGGGCGACAAAGGCAUGCCUCAAAUGCCGAAAGCGCAAGGUCAGCCCCGAGUCAAAUGGCCCUUCGUCAAUCGCCUCUAAUGAUCUCCUACGCGAUUGCGAGGCCGUCACAACGGCCGAGUCACCAGCUUCCAGCAACGAUAACCCACCAAGUCCCAUCGAAGAGGCUUCCUCCACCCUGCUAAACCUCGAAGAAAGCGAAUACAAAUCCCCACAUCAUCGCGACCGCGCAGAUAUCGAUACACCAAUUAAUCCGACGCCCGACAAUGUAUUCGAGGCCGAACGCAUGGAGGAAUUCACGCCAAGGUCUUUUCAAUCUGCCUCGUCAGUUGUAACCAUCGAAGAGCCAUGUGAACCUGUACGGUCCGAAUUAAAAGCAUUGUACUCGUCGAUGCCGUUCUUGAGAACGUUGAACAUGCGCGAUUGCGACUUCAAUCACCUCAACACCCAAGGCUGUUUACGCGUCCCGUCCAAGCCCAUCCUCGAUCAAUUCAUGAAACAUUACUUUUUAUAUAUUCACCCGUUAUUACCUCUUUUAAACGAAGCUGACUUCUGGAGCGCCUACGACCCAACACCAUCAGAUAAUGCCAAUCCUGGUACACCUGUAUCGAUGCUUCUACUGCAAUCGAUGAUGUUUGCGUCAUGCACCCUAUUAUAUGACUUCUCCACCGACCCCGACCCCGUCUCUAUCGCACAAGCCGCCCUGCUCCUAACAUACUGGUGUCCAACCUUCCGCUCCGGUCCUCGAAAAGCAAAUAGCAGAUGGUUAAGAAUCGCAAUCCAGCACGCCAAAUCCUGUGGGGCUCAUCAAUAUGAAUCGCCCACCUUUGGAUUGACCGUCUCGCAACAGGACAUGAAGCGACGAAAUGUUCUCAAGCGUGUCUGGUGGUGUUGCAUUAUUCGCGACCGUAUCAUGCCCAUUUGCGUGAGAAGGAAUAUCCAGAUCUCGAGCGCGCAUUUCGACUUUUCAUCGUGCUCACCGUUAGGAUACGACGACUUGGUGGAUGAACUCGAGUCGUCGCGAGUUUAUAAUAUUGCUACCAAGCACAAACUCAUUCUUGCUUUGGAAAGACUUACAGAGUUGUGUGUUACUUUGACGGAUAUUCUUAGUUUGGUCUAUCCAACUGAAAGUAUACCAAUAUUGGACGCCGACGCGCACUCAUCGGCUUAUGUGCAGGUGCAGGAGCACAAGAGAUCGUUGAGGUUAUGGGCUACUGCCACGAGACCACCUUUGGCUCUCAAGGAUCUCACACAAAACGCUGGACCACAUGAAGACUCUGCAGUGCUAUUCACCAACUUGGUCUGGAUCUACUUCCAGUAAAUUACCCAUUGCUUCAACUCAGAUAGUGUUGCUAACAACAUUUCCAGCGCGAGCCAAGUAGCCCUCUGCAACUAUGAACUUCACCUAGGCCUUGUCCUGGGUCUCAUCACACAGAGACCCAAAGAAACACAAUUUCUCAAAAAUAACAGAAAAGAUUUAAGAAACGCCACGAAAAGCAUAGCAGAAUGCUUUGCUCGUUUACAUCCACACCGUCUAACGCGCUGGUUGCCGAGUAGUGCAGUAGCAUGUACAGCCCUCCCGCUCGCCAUGCACAUGGUGGAUAUCAAAAUGUCCGCCGCCUCUUCAGCUGCUGAAAUUUGGUCUCGACCAGACGUCGCCUCGAAACAGUCACGGCUGAAUGUUCUCAUUCAAGUGUUUAGAGAACUCCAUCCCAAAUACGACGGCGUGCAUUCCAUUUCCAAGACGAUUCGGUAUUUCAUGGAGUGUGUUGGCGUCAACGAGCCUAUGCAAAUGAUGAUCACAAAUGACCAGACCGACGUCCUUGCACGAAGUCCCGCGCAGUAUCUACGACUUGCUUUAACAAUCGACGUGUGUCUGAGUCAAGAUCGUCUUGUACAAGAUAGCGAUUUUCCCGCUGCUCUGAGACGUUUCGUCAGCAGAAAUCAAUCACUUAUGCCAAUACUCUUGGGCCAACCCAGCCUUCCAAUUCCGAUGCAAAUGGACAGGCCAGUAGUUUUACCCCGUCCAGUAUCGCCUCGCCCGUUAUCACCCAAUACCUAUGCAAAAAGCUUCUCACGGUGGAUGGAGGAUGACCCAACGGUCAGCUUUGCCCUUCAAAUGGGAAUCGAUGUCGGCACGCGGCCUGGGCUGGUACGAGAAGUGACAGAACGGGCCCAAAAGGCUUACUCAGAUAGCACUGAAGAGACGGAGACCUCGCCCGUGUCUUCAGACUCGCAGGUUGACGGUUCACAGGUUGAGGACGAACAAGUUGACGAGACCGUUGAUAGGUCGAGCAAUGCUGCCAUGCCUGGUAUGACGGAGGAUUUGCUGCAGCGUCUGCAGGGAGCGAUAAACUGGGCGCAGAACGACCAGUCACUCGCUUUUGCGCAGGAUAUAGGUCUAUUUCCCGAAAUGGAUCGCGAUACUAUCAUGAAUUACGAUAUAAAUUGUACUUGUGUUGCGAGUGGGAACGAUAUCAUGUAA